AUGUUUGUUCAGCUUCUUCCAGGAGGCAACAGACACCUCUCAAAGAUGUAUGAUGCCGCCACGCAGCUGUUGCAGCAUCUCCCACUGUUUUCCCAGCUGCCCCUUGCAGCUAUGCAAGCUCUAGACGCCGCCUUCCUUUCACCUGCGGCUCCGGUGCAACGAAGCGUUGCGACUUCGCGGAGCUUGGAGAGGUCCGCCAGCAGCCGAGUGGCGAGCAAGCCGGUUGGCAAUGCGCUAGCACCAGCAGCUUUGGCUGUCGGAACUCUUCUCGGCGCCACCGCCGCGUACCGUGGGGCGCAGCGCUCCAAGGCAUCGAAGGCUCGCCGACGGCAAGGGCCGCCAGCCACGACUCUCAACCCCGAGGAGGAUGUGAAAACUGAUUCUUGGGGCGAGAAAUUCGUCUGGCAGAAGGCAUGGUACCCGAUGGCUGUCAUCGAAGAUUUGGACGGGACACGUCCGACCAAGCUGCAGCUUCUGGGCGAGGAUCUUGUCGCUUGGGUCGACGGCGAUGGAGAGUGGCGAGUCUUCGAGGAUCGUUGCCCACACCGAGCUGUGCCGCUGAGUGAGGGCCGCAUCGAGAAAGACGGCACUUUGAUGUGCUCUUACCACGGGUGGCGGUUCAACGGCGAGGGCAAGGUCACUGCCAUCCCGCAGGCAACGGAGGAGAAGUUCCCGGAGUUGCAACAGAAUGCCCGCGCCUGUGCUGCGGCGAGACCGGCGCAGGUGCGUUGCGGAGUCUUGUGGGUUUGGGGGGAAAGUGGUGAAAACGCUGCCUUGGAGGCAGCUCUCCAGGAGCCCAACAUCCCUCCGGAGGCCGAGGAUCCUGCCUACGAGGGACGAGCAAAGUUCUCCGUCUGGUCCCACCGCGACGUCCCGUAUGGCUGGGAGGUGGCCUUUGAAAAUGUUACAGACCCUGCUCAUGUGGCGGUGGCGCACCACAACAUUGUCUCCAACAGGUAUGAAGAUCCUUGCCCGUUGAAGAUCGACUGGGUACGCAAGCCCAGCAACAAGGAAGGCUUCAAGUACACCAUCGAACAAGUUGGAAAGAAUAUUGUGAGUACCAUGGACUUCAAGCCCCCAAGCCAGAUGCACAUCAGGACGUCCUACGACGACAAAAGCGGUGCCUCCUUGACGUUGAUCAUCAAUUUCGUUCCGACCAAGCCUGGAUGGUCCAGACUGGUCGGCACCACUCAAAUAAUUCUUGGCGAGAAUGGCGAGAAGCCCGACGGAUUUGCUAUAUACAGCGCUCCGCUUCCCCGAUGGGUCAGCCACUUGCUGGGACCACUCUUCCUGCAUCAGGACCAGGUCUUCCUGCAUUAUCAGCAGAUCAUCCUGGAGAAAGAGAGACGAAAGCACGGCAAUGACUGGAUGCAGGCCUACUGGAUGCCAACGGAGGCCGACAAGGGCACCAUUGCCUUGCGGCGAUGGCUUGAUAAGAAUGGUGGCAUCGCCUGGAGCCCAGGUGUCGACACGGACAUGGCAGCCAUGCCUGACAAGCACUUGCUUUUCGACACAUACAAGACGCAUACCUCCCAGUGCACGAGCUGCCAGAAAGCCUUGAGGUGGACUAACAGGCUGAACAAGGUGUUCAAGUACUCGGCCUUGGCGUGUGUUUCGGCAGGCAUUGUGGGCACCGUCUCCUGGCCCUUGGUCGCCUCCGGGGCGGCUUUGGGUGGUGCGACGUUGGCCACCGAGAAGGUUCGCAAGAUGUUCUACGAGGUGCCGUUCCACCAUCAAGACAAUGACUAA